AUGCUCCUGCAGGCACUGGAGAUGCUUGACGCGUACAGUGACAAAUUCCAGAAUCUCCACCAAGUUAUCAAGGCUCAACAGGAUACGAUCCAGGAACUGAGCCACAAGCUUGACGAUACUAAACGAGAAAUGAAUAGCAAAAUGGAACAAAUCAGAACGCAGAUGGGAGGCGAGUUGCAGCAACUUCGCGUGCAGCUUGAAGCCAUCACCACAAGCGUCAACGAGUCUCCACAAUUGUCCAGGAUGGGGACCCUUUCGACCGGCAACACAACGCCUUCCAACCUCACCGACACAUUCUUUUGCACCAUUGACACGUCGCGAAUCGAAGAUGGCCAAAGCAGUCGGGUCACUGCGGGUGCUAUCCGCACCAUGGCCGAAACCGAGAUCAGAGCGGAUCAAGUUCAUGCCAACUGGCGAUGCCGUGCUGUCAUCAAAGAUCCCAGGAAGCCGAACCGUGUUCGGAUCGCCUGUCGCGACAAGGAAGAGCAAAGUAUGCUGAAACGGGUGGUGGGAGCUAAGCUUCCCCAGGGCGUCAGGAUGUUAAGAGACGAGCUCUACCCAGUCAAGGUUGACCACGUCAAUCGCACGGCGGUCCUGGACGAAGUGGGCGACGUUCGGCCUGGAACGACUGAGACUUUCAGUGAAGAAAAUGAUGUUCAGGUCGCGAAGAUUGUGUGGCUUAGCAAACGAGACAUUCCGAAGGCGUACGGCUCCAUGGUCGUGUAUCUCACAAAGGGAUCGGACGCCAAAAGACUGCUCUCAGAAGGCUUCUUCUAUGCCGGAGGUGAGUCUGGGUACACCGGAUUCUUCGAGCGCCGACCUCGCCCCGACCAGUGUUACAACUGUCAGCAAAUUGGCCACAAAGCAUUCCACGCAUCAAGAACUGCAGGAAGCUCCACCCAUCCUCACAUGAGUAGUGCGCUUCGAAUGAUCCAACUCAAUGUGGCGAAACAAGGCCCGGUCCAUGACAGCCUGGUGAACGAUCAACAGAUUGAGGAUGCAGCUGUGUUGGCUAUCCAGGAACCACAGGCGCGAAUGAUAAACGGCCGUCUACUGACCACCCCUAUGGGUCAUCACAGGAACGAUCUGGACGCGGAGCAGGUGCCGGUUGAGUCUCCCGACAUAACGGCGGCGCUGCUACGGCUCCCCGAGCGCCUAGUCCUGGUUUUCUCGGUCUACGUACAGGGAUUCGAUGAUCAAGCGCUGCUGGAAACGUGUGCCGUUCUAGAAGAGGUGACAACGAACACCAGACGAAGCGCAGGCAGGGUAGUCAAUGUGGUUAUCAUGGGCGACUUCAACCGUCACGACCAACUCUGGGGCGGGGAAGAUGUUGCGUUGGAGAGGCAGGGCGAAGCCGACCAGAUCAUCGAACUCAUGAACGAACUGGCCCUUGACAGUCUACUUCCAAGAGGCACAAAAACCUGGCAACGACGCGAACUCGAGACAACAAUUGAUCUCGUCCUUGUGUCUGAGGAUCUCACAGCCUCGGCGAUCAAGUGCGCUGUUCAUGGUGCAGAACAUGGGUCCGAUCACCGAGCCAUUGAGACCGUCUUUGACGUCUCGAUGCCGAGGCCCUUGGUUCAAGAGCGUCUUCUUUUCAAAAAUGCACCUUGGAAAGAAAUUAAUGCUCGAAUUGAGUCUGCUCUGGAAAGCAGUCCCUGGGGCGGGACGGUACAGCAGCAGGCAGACAGGCUCAUGUCGGUGGUGCUGGAAGCCGUCCAUGCCUUGGUGCCAAGGGCCCGACCGUCUCCGCAUGCGAAGCGGUGGUGGACUUCGGACCUCACCCAACUCCGGCAGAUUCAUACCUACUGGAGAAAUCGAGCCAGGUCAUUGCGGCGAGCAGGGCAAAGAUGCGACAGGCUUGAAGAUAUGGCCAAUGGAGCUGCCAAGCAGUACCACGACGCCAUCAGGCAGCAGAAGAAGACGCAUUGGCAUGAGUUUCUAGCGGACAACGGCAAUAUUUGGAAGGCUGCAAAGUACCUGAACUCAGCCAGCGACACAGCGUUCGGCAAGGUACCGCAGCUCGUACGAGCUGAUGGCACGAGGACGGUCAACGGCAAGGAGCAAGUCGAGGAAAUGCUAGACACCUUCUUCCCCCCCCUGCCGGAGGUCAUCGAGGAUGAAGGUGAAAGACCUCGGCGAGGGACAGCUGUCGAGAUGCCAGACAUCACGCUUGAGGAGAUUGAACGGCAGCUUUUUGUCGCCAAAUCGUGGAAGGCCCCUGGCGAGGAUGGACUACCUACUAUAGUCUGGAAACAGACUUGGCCGGUGGUCAAGCACUGGAUCCUGUUGCUGUUCCGUGCUUCGCUAGAGGAAGGCGAAUUGCCCACUCAAUGGAGGCACGCCAAGAUCAUCCCGCUCAAGAAGCCAGACAAGGACGACUAUGCCGUGGCGAAGGCGUGGAGGCCUAUAUCACUGCUGCCCACACUUGGCAAGGUCCUGGAGUCGGUCGUGGCUGAGAGGAUUUCACAUGCGGUCGAGGCCCACGGACUUCUGCCCACCAACCAUUUCGGGGCGCGCAAACAGCGAUCCGCCGAGCAAGCGUUGAUGCUGCUGCAAGAGCAGGUAUUUACAGCCUGGAGAAACCGACGCAUACUGAGCCUCGUGACUUUUGACGUGAAGGGUGCGUACAAUGGAGUAUGCAAGGAGAGGCUUGUUCAGCGCAUGCGCGCCAGGGGCAUCCCGGAGAGCUUGCUCCGCUGGAUCGGAACUUUCUGCUCGAAUCGCACGGCGACCAUACAGAUCAACGGGCAGAUAUCGGAGGUGCAGAGCCUUCCACAAGCCGGACUACCCCAAGGCUCUCCUCUAUCGCCAGUUCUUUUUCUCUUCUUCAAUGCAGAUCUCGUUCAACAGCGAAUCGACCGUCAUGGUGGAGCCGUGGCUUUCGUCGACGACUUCACAGCGUGGGUCACAGGCCCCACGGCGCAAAGUAACCGCAAAGGAAUCGAGGCGAUCGUUGAGAAAGCUUUAGAUUGGGAAAGGCGGAGCGGCGCAACCUUCGAGGCACAGAAGACGGCGAUCAUACACUUUACUCGCAAGCCGCACAAGUCUGAUGCGCAGCCAUUCGCGGUCAAGGGUCAGCUCGUCCGACCCAAGACCAGCGUCAAGGUUCUCGGAGUGAUCAUGGACUCUGGCCUCAAAGGUCUCACCCCGGCGACAGCAAGGCAACUGUUCGCAUCUACAGUUGCCCCUGUGCGAGUUGGGGCUCAAGCUAUCGUGGGAACGUUCCUCACGGUCGCAACGGUUGUGGCGGAAGCCGAAGCACACAUCGCCAGCGCGCAGGAGCGGUUUUGGAGAAGAGCCGUCAAGAUGUGGACUGAUCUCCACGCCUUGCCCAUGACCAAUCCACUUCGCAACGCUACAUCGUGUAUUCGGAAGUUCAGAAGAUACCAUCGCUCACCGUUCUACCAGGUGGCGACGGCACUCAACGAGAUCCCCAUGGAGGAACUGGAGACAAUCAACCCCUUCACACUGGCGCCAUGGGUUGAACGAGCCCAAACCAUAAUCACCGACGAAAGCGGAACAGAGGCAAUAGAAGUCGGAAGUGGCGAAGCGGUACGCAUCGCAUUGAGCAGCUCAGCAAGAAACGACGUUGUCGGAGUUGGUGGCGUCAUUGAGAUCCCAACACAAGCGCAUGGAUCCUCCACACUCGAGCGAUUCUCUUUCACCCUUGACAUCGGGGCGUAUUGUGCAUGA